GUAAAAUCUGACCGGGAAGAAGUCAUAAAACAGCAGGACUGGCGAGCGGGACAGUUUGAUCACAUGAAAAUAUGGAUGAUCUGAUCCAGGAUCAGUCCAGAUGUGGAUCUUGUGAGCAGGUACUAAGUGAUUCAGUCUCUAUCACAUGUGGACACAGUUUCUGCAGUCAAUGCAUCAGUUUCUACUGGGAUCAGUCAAGACUACCAGAGGAGUUUGACUGUCCUCUAUGCAUAAAGAGAUCUAGACCACAUCUACAGAUGCACAGAGUCUGUUACACACCAGCAGGCCUGCAGGUGGAGUCUAGAGACCUGAAAAGAGUCAAAGAAAAGCAUAAAACCAGCAUGAAGGACAGGUAUGAGAGUUUAUUUGAGGGAAUCAAACACAAAGAGAAUGAAACCCUCCUCAACAGGAUCUACACACAGCUUUACAUCAUAGAAGGAGAGAGUGAUGGAGUGAAUGAAGAACAUGAGGUUUUACAGAUGGAGAAAACUGCCAGAACCCAACCUGCAGAAGACACUUCCAUCUACUGCAAUGACAUCUUUAAAGCCUCACCUGAACCAAAAUGUGAGGAGAAAGACAAACUCAGGGUUGUUCUUACUAAAGGCAUUGCUGGAAUUGGAAAAACCAUCUCUGUGCAGAAGUUCAUUCUGGACUGGGCCGAGGGAAAAGCCAAUCAGGAAGUAGAUUUCAUGUUUUUGCUUCCUUUUCGAGAGUUGAACUUGAUUCAAGAUCAUAAGUAUAGUCUUCAGAAACUUCUGAUGGACUUUCACCCUGAACUUCAAGAUCUGGACUCAAAGAUUUAUGAGGAAUGCAAAAUUGUGUUCAUCUUUGAUGGUCUGGAUGAAAGCAGGAUUCCACUGAUGUUUACAGACACUCAUAAAGUUUGUGACGUUACAGAGACUUCAUCAGUGGGUGUGUUGAUGUCAAACCUCAUGAAAGGAGAGCUGCUUCCCUCUGCUCUCAUCUGGAUCACCUCUAGACCAGCAGCAGCCAAUCAGAUCCCCUCUGAGUACAUCAACCGUCUGACAGAAAUUCAGGGAUUCAAUGAGUCUCAGAAGGAAGAAUAUUUUAGGAAGAGAAUCAGUGACCAACAUCAAGCCAAUAAGAUCAUCUCGCACAUCAGAAGAGCAAGAAGUCUCCACAUCAUGUGCCACAUCCCCGUCUUUUGCUGGAUCUCAUCCAGUGUGCUUCAGAAACUCCUGGAAAAAGAUCAGAGUGCAGAAAUUCCUCAAACUUUGACUGAAAUGUACAUCCACUUCCUGCUGAUUCAGAUCAGCACAAGGAACCAGAAGUAUGAAGAGAGAGAUCCAGAGAAACUCAUGGAAUCCAACAAAGAAGUGAUUGUGAAACUUGCUCAAGUGGCUUUCAGACAGCUGAUGAAGGGCAAUGUGAUGUUCUAUGAGGAGGACCUGAGGGAGAGUGGCAUAGAAGUAAUCGAUGCCUCAGUGAAUUCUGGGAUUUGCACUGAGAUCUUUAAGGAGGAAUCUGUGAUUCAUCAGAGGAAAGUCUACACCUUCAUUCAUCUGAGCAUUCAGGAGUUUCUAGCUGCCUUUCAUGUGUUUUACUGCUAUCUAUGCAGUACAACAGAGACACUUAUGGUUUUUGAUUCAAUGCAUAAUCUGCAUCAAGGAGCAAUAGAUAAAGCCAUUGGUAGUGAGAAUGGACAGCUGGAUCUGUUCCUUCGGUUCCUUCUGGGCAUCUCAAUGGAGUCCAAUCAGAAACUCUUGCAGUAUUUACUGACACACACAGAGAACAGCUCAGAGAGCAUCAGGAGAACUUCACAGUACAUUAAAGAGAAGAUCAAAGAUGGAAGUGAACUCUCCGCUGAAAGGUCCAUCAAUCUGUUCCUCUGCCUGCUGGAAGUAAAAGAUCAGACUCUGUCCAGAGAAAUUCAGGAGUUUGUGAAAUCAGACUCAGAGAAGAAGCUUUCUCCUGCUCAAUGCUCAACAAUUGCCUACAUGCUUCAGAUGUCAGAGAAGGCGCUGGAUGAGUUUUAUCUGAAGAGAUACAACACAUCAGAUGAGGGUAGAAGAAGACUAUUACCUGCUGUGAUAAACUGCACAAAAGCUUUACUCUCUGGCUGUAAUCUUACUGAUCGGUGCUGUGAGAAUUUAUCAUCAGCUCUACAAUCCUCAAACUCUGUCCUAAAAGAGUUGGACCUGACUAACAAUGAUCUGUGGGAUUCUGGUGUGAAGCUACUCUGUGAUGGACUGAAGAAUCCAAACUGUCAGUUAGAAACAUUAAGGUUGUCUGGCUGCAUGGUGACAGAGCAAGGCUGUGGUUUUGUGUGUUCAGCUCUGAGUUCAAACCCUUCACACCUAAGAGAGCUUGAUCUGAGCUAUAAUCACCCAGGACCAUCAGGAGUCCAGCGACUUAGUGACAAACUGAACGAUCCAAACUGCUCACUGGAGAAACUCAAUGUGGAUCAUGGAGGAGAUUUUAGGAUCCGAGCAGGGCUGCAAAAAUAUGCCUGUAGCCUCACACUAGAUCCAAACACAGUAAACACCCAUUUGAUUCUGUCUGAGGGAUACAGAAAAGCGACAUACGUUGAAGAGCUGCAGUCAUAUCCUGAUCAUUCAGAGAGAUUUGAGCACCAUCCUCAGGUUCUGUGUGGACAGGGUCUGACCGGACGCUGUUACUGGGAAGCUGAAUGGAACGGGAGAGGGACAGAGAUAUCGAUGACAUACAAAGAUAUCAGCAGGAAAGGAGGAAGUGACUGUAGAUUUGGAUUCAAUCAAAAGUCUUGGAAUCUGAGCAUUUUUUAUAACAGACUCACUGUCUGUCACAAUAAUGACAGCACUGAGAUAUCAGCCCCUUCAUCUUCUAACCGAGUAGGUGUGUAUCUGGACUCGUCUGCUGGUACUCUGUCUUUCUACGGUGUCUCCGACACACACACACUCACACACAUACACACAUUCAACACCACGUUCACUGAACCCGUCUAUGCUGGGUUUGGGGUUUAUUAUGGUUCCCCAGUUUCUCUGUGCUAGACUGAACAACAGACUGCAAUUAUGACUCGGACGGACUUAGAUUUUGCACAGAACAUAAAAUUAUGAUAAAAAGAUAUCCUUAGACAUCUCUCACUGAAACUCUGUCAAUUAAUGACUGCAUUGUAAAAACAAAUGGCUGAUUUUAAUGGUAAAGACUAUAAAAAUUCUACAGUAAAAACCUGUUAAAUGGUUAAUGGUAAAUUCCUGUAAAAUCUACAGGGAAAACCCAUAAAGAGACAUUCCCAGAAUUCCCUGCUUUGCAUUUAAAAUGUUUAAAUGUUUUUUCUUUCUCACUAUGUUUCUUAGUUUUUCUCAUCAGUUAUGCUUAUUAGCGUUGUAUGUUACAUGUAAUGUUGUUAAAUUAAAGUUAUUGCAUAUUUCUGUUUAAUGGUGGUGUUUACUGUUUGUGUGACGGAGGAAAGC